AUGUCGAACCAUAAAGAGGAAAGAAUUAUAUUAAAUGUUGGUGGAAUUAAGUAUGAGACCUAUCGUUCAACUCUUACCGCUUAUCCCGAUACAAUGCUCGGUACAAUGUUUCAAGAAAGAAAUGGUUCAUUACUUCACCCGACCAAAGAUAAUGAAUAUUUCUUUGAUCGAAAUGGAUAUGCAUUUCAUUUCAUAAUUGAGUUUUAUCGUACCGGUAAGAUUCUUUGGGAAGAACCAACAACUAGUAAUAAUAACUCAAGUCCUUUGAUGGUCACUAGCAAUGAAUUACAUCAAGAAAUAGAAUACUUUCGUAUUCCAUAUGAUGUAAAUAUUGAUAUUAAAAGGGCACGAUUCAAAAAACGCCCAGCUGAGGUUAUAGAUGUGUUUGUUUUAGUGUUAGAAUCAUUUAUUGACGUCGCCUUGCAAGAAUGGCAUGGUGAUGUCAAAAUAUAUCUUUAUGAAGAUAUGAUUUCUUUUAAGGCAUUUUUGGAUAAUGAAGAUGUGUCAAAUUAUUAUCAAUUUACGGGGUUAAAUGAUUUUAAAAUCUUCAAAAGGAUGGGAUAUAAAAUUUUAAAUUCCUUCGCUAAAAAUAUUGCAGAAUAUUUUAAAAAAUUGAUUCCCGGACUUCAAUGGGAUUGUCAUCAUUUUGAUAGACAAAUUCCACAAGUCACUCUGACUCAUUAUGCUCUGAAAAUAUCGUUUACAAGUCAAUAUUCCUCAGAAAUGUUAGAAAGUACAAAAUUUUAUUCAGUAUUAAAAUCGUUAGAUGUGGAACAUUAA